CCCGGACCUGACCCGCCCCGCGGCCGGACCCGCUCCGGCCCGGCCAGUCGCUGCCCCUUCCCUCGCCAGCGCGCAGGCCGCGCCGCCCGGGACAGGAGCCCACAGGCGCAGGGAGGCCGAGCGCGGACUCGCCACCAGGCUCCAGAAUGGCAGAAGACAAUCCAUAUUUAGGAGGGCAUGAACAAAUGUUUCAUUUGGAUCCUUUGACUCAUACAAUAUUUAAUCCAGAAUUAUUUUCAUCAGAGAUGCCUCUAGCAACAGAUGGCCCAUACCUUCACAUAUUAGAGCAACCUAAACAGAGAGGAUUUCGUUUCCGUUAUGUGUGUGAAGGCCCAUCCCAUGGUGGACUUCCUGGUGCAUCCAGUGAAAAGAACAAGAAGUCCUACCCUCAGGUCAAAAUCUGCAACUAUGUGGGACCUGCAAAGGUUAUUGUUCAGUUGGUCACAAAUGGCAAAAACAUCCACCUUCAUGCGCACAGCCUGGUGGGGAAGCACUGUGAGGAUGGCAUCUGCACUGUGACCGCUGGCCCCAAGGACAUGGUGGUCGGCUUUGCAAACCUGGGUAUACUUCAUGUGACAAAGAAAAAAGUAUUUGAAACCCUGGAAGCACGAAUGACAGAGGCUUGUACCAGGGGUUAUAAUCCUGGACUCUUGGUGCACCCUGAUCUUGCCUAUUUGCAAGCAGAAGGUGGAGGCGACCGGCAGCUCACAGAUCGGGAAAAGGAGAUCAUCCGCCAGGCAGCUCUUCAGCAGACAAAGGAGAUGGACCUCAGUGUGGUGCGGCUCAUGUUUACAGCUUUUCUUCCAGACAGCACAGGCAGCUUCACAAGGCGCCUCGAGCCUGUGGUGUCAGAUGCCAUCUAUGACAGCAAAGCCCCCAAUGCGUCCAACUUGAAAAUUGUAAGAAUGGACAGGACGGCUGGAUGCGUAACUGGAGGGGAAGAAAUUUAUCUUCUUUGUGACAAGGUUCAAAAAGAUGACAUCCAGAUUCGAUUUUAUGAAGAGGAGGAAAAUGGUGGAAUCUGGGAAGGAUUUGGAGAUUUUUCCCCCACAGAUGUUCAUAGACAAUUUGCCAUCGUCUUCAAAACUCCAAAGUAUAAGGAUGUCAACAUUACAAAACCAGCCUCCGUGUUCGUCCAACUUCGGAGGAAAUCUGAUUUGGAAACUAGCGAACCAAAACCUUUUCUCUACUACCCUGAAAUCAAAGAUAAAGAGGAAGUGCAGAGGAAGCGACAGAAGCUCAUGCCCAAUUUCUCUGAUAGCUUCGGCGGCGGCAGCGGUGCUGGGGCCGGCGGCGGGGGCAUGUUCGGCGGCGGCGGCGGUGGCGCCGGAAAUGCGGGCCCAGGGUAUGGCUUCCCCCACUACGGAUUUCCUACAUAUGGUGGAAUUACCUUCCACCCUGGAACCACUAAAUCUAAUGCUGGGAUGAAGCAUGGUACCAUAGUCACCCCAUCUGAAGAUGACCCUGAAGGCUGUGACAGCUAUGAUGACAGACAGGCAGGAAAUCUCUCUGGGAAGCUAACUAAAACCACAGAACAAGAUAAGCUGUCUGGCAAUGGGGAUGAUGAGGUUACUCUGAUGUAUACAGUUGGAGCAAAAGAAGAGAAUUACAGAUUUCAAGAUAACUUAUUUCUAGAGAAGGCUAUGCAGCUUGCCAAGCGCCACGCCAAUGCCCUUUUUGACUACGCAGUGACAGGAGAUGUGAAGAUGCUGCUGGCUGUCCAGCGCCAUCUCACUGCAGUGCAGGAUGAGAACGGGGACAGUGUCUUACACUUAGCAAUCAUCCACCUUCAUGCUCAGCUUGUGAGGGACUUGCUAGAAGUCACAUCUGGUUUGAUUUCUGAUGACAUUAUCAACAUGAGAAAUGAUCUCUACCAGACGCCCUUGCACUUGGCAGUGAUCACCGAGCAGGAGGCUGUGGUGGAGGACUUGCUGAGAGCGGGAGCCGACCUGAGCCUCCUGGACCGCUUGGGUAACUCUGUUUUGCACCUAGCUGCCAAAGGAGGACAUGACAGACUUCUCAGUAUUUUACUCAAGCACAAAAAGGCGGCACUACUUAUCGACCUCCCCAAUGGGGAAGGUCUGAACGCCACCCACAUAGCCACGAUGAGCAACAGCAUGCCCUGUCUGCUGCUGCUGGUAGCCGCUGGUGCGGACGUCAACGCCCAGGAGCGCAAGUCUGGGCGCACGGCACUGCACCUGGCCGUGGAGCACGACAACAUCUCCCUGGCUGGCUGCCUGCUCCUGGAGGGUGAUGCCCAUGUAGACAGUACCACCUACGAUGGAACUACACCCCUGCACAUAGCAGCUGGGAGAGGGUCCACCAGACUGGCAGCUCUUCUCAAAGCAGCAGGAGCAGAUCCCCUGGUGGAGAACUUUGAGCCUCUCUAUGACCUGGACGACUCCUGGGAAAAGGAUGGGGAGGACGAAGGAGUCGUGCCUGGAACCACACCACUAGAUAUGGCCACCAACUGGCAGGUAUUUGACAUAUUAAAUGGGAAACCAUACGAGCCAGAGUUUACAUCCGAUGACUCACCGGCGCAAGGAGACAUGAAACAGCUGACUGAAGAUGCGAAGGUGCAGCUCUACAAGUUGCUAGAAAUCCCUGAUCCAGACAAAAACUGGGCUACUCUGGCACAAAAAUUGGGUCUGGGGAUACUAAAUAAUGCCUUCCGGCUAAGUCCUGCUCCUUCUAAAACGCUUAUGGAUAACUACGAGGUCUCUGGGGGAACAAUAAAAGAGCUGGUGGAGGCCCUGAGACAGAUGGGCUACACUGAAGCCAUUGAAGUGAUCCAGGCGGCCUUCCACACUUCUGGAACUGCAGCCCCCAGCCCGGGCCAGACCUCCUGUCAGGCCGCCUCGCUGCCUCUCUCACCUGCCUCCACAAGGCAACAAAUAGAUGAGCUCCGAGAUGACAGCAUCUGUGACAGUGGCGUGGAGACGUCCUUCCGCAAACUCAGCUUUACAGAGUCUCUGACCAGCGGCAGCUCAUUGCUAACUCUUAACAAAAUGCCCCACGAGUAUGGGCAGGAAGGACCUAUAGAAGGCAAAAUUUAGCCCACUGGCAUUUCCCAACACCACGCAAACCAAAGCUCUGAAAUUCCACCACAUUAUCCAAGUGAAGAAAGAUAACAUGCAUCCAGAGGUGCUCAGAGGAAAACCAGCCUGCCUGGAUCGUUCUGGAUUUAAUUCAGCCUUUUCAAGUUGGCUUCCUUUCUUGAUUCCUAAAUGAAUUUUUAAUUCGGUUCACUUACAGAUAGUGUCUAGCAGUCACAGCACUCUGCUGGGCUGAUGCCUCGUUGGGGGUGAGAUGGCUUCUUGAGCUUUACCAGCUGCUUCCUGUCAUUGCUGCUGUCCCUCUGCUGCAUUCCCACUGUCAUUAAAAGGUGUCACAGGCCCCACCUGGCAUUCCUCCUGGCCGUCCACUGAGUGUGCAUUCAGAUUAAGAAUUAGCAAAAGGGAUAUUUUAAAAUGAGAGUUACUAAGUGUAUAAUAAAAAAAGGCUUACUACUUUUUCUAAUGUGGUUAUCUCUGUGAUUUAAAAAAGAUCAUGUACAUGUCAAUAUUUAAACAUGGUUACAAUCAGUGCUGAAAAUGGUAUUUUCCCCCUUUUUCUGCAUUUUGCUAUUGUAAAUAUGUUUUUUAGAUCAGAUACUUUAAAGGAAAAAAUGUUGGAUUUAUAAAUGCUAUUUUUUAUUUUACUUUUAUAAUAAAAGC